CUACUAUUUGUUUAUACACGUGCGGGACGUUGAGGAGGAAGGACCUUUUUCUGGAUUUUCUAGUUAUUCAUAUCUUCAGCAAAAUGCAUUGUGUGGGUCAUCACUAUCAGAGUCCCCCUUUUCACCAAUAAAUUCAUCAUCAUUGCAAGAAAGCAAUACAUGAAUGCUGGGUAAAUAUAGGGAUCAACAGCAUCUACCCGCCAUGACAAUAAGGACAGCUUGGCAGCAGGAGAGUACCCAGCUUUCCCCCACUGUCUAGGGAAACAUGCCGAAUACUACCAGGAAACUAAUUACUGCCCAUACAAGCCAAAAGCAAAAAAGUCAAGGAAGUUUGCAGUAAUGAAAAAGAUGAUAAAACCAACGGAUUCACGCAUAAAACCAGACGACCGUGUGAUCAUAAAAAAGAAGAAACCAGACCCUCAUGAGCAGAAGGUUAAUGAAGCGCCCCAGUGCUCGUCAGCUUUGUUCUUCCAGUACAACACACAGCUAGGCCCACCUUACCGCAUAUUGAUCGAUACCAACUUUGUCAACUUUGCUAUCAAGAACAAGGUGGACCUUGUGAAGGGAAUGAUGGACUGCCUAUAUGCUAAGUGUAUCCCAUACAUAACCGAUUGUGUGAUGGGAGAGUUAGAACGACUGGGCGAGAAGUAUAGAUUGGCUUUGAAAACGAUUAAAGACCCACGGAUAGAAAAGCUUCCAUGUGUGCAUAAAGGCAUAUAUGCUGAUGACUGCCUUGUUAAUCGUGUGACACAACACAAAUGUUACAUUGUAGCAACAUCUGAUGUAGAUUUAAAAAGAAGAAUACGAAAGAUUCCUGGGGUGCCAAUCAUGGGUGUUGCUCAAGGCAGGUUUUUCAUUGAAAGAAUGCCAGAUGCUCCUCAGAUGUAGUUUAUGGACUAAAAUUGUUAUCUUUUUCUGCUUGAUUUAUUUACCCCAAAAUCAUGAAGUGCUAUAUUAUGUAUUCUAUUAAUGAUAUUGUCAGAUUGUUAAUUUUGUAUUCUUUACCAUUUGAAACUGUUUUUCAAUAAAUAUUAUUGCAUUU